AUGUAUGCCAUUGACAUUUCUUUUUUACUCCUUCUUACAUUCCUUCCUUCCUUCCUUCCUUCCUUCCUUCCUUCCUUCCUUCCUUCCUUUCUCCCUCACUCUCUCUCACUACUUCCUUCCUUUCUCCUACCAUUCCAUGCUGCCUUCCGUCAUUUCAUGCUCACAACCUUCCUUCCUUCCUUCCUUCCUUCCUUCCUUUAUUUAUUUCUCCCUCUCUCUUCCUCUUUCCUUUCUCCCACCAUUCCAUGCUGCCUUCCGUCAUUUCUUGCUCACUUCCUUCCUUCCUUCCUUCCUUCCUUCCUUCCUUCCUUCCUUCCUUUCUCUCUCUCUCUCUCUCUCUCUCUCUCUCUCUCUCUCCUUCCUUUCCUCCUCCUACCAUUCCAUGCUGCCUUCCGUCAUUUCUUGCUCACUUCCUUCCUUCCUUCCUCCCUUCCUUCCUUCCAUUCUUUCUUUCUUUCUUUCUUUCUUUCUUUCUUUCUUUCUUUCUUUCUUUUCUUUCUCCCCUCUCUCUCUCUCACUUCCUCCUUCUUUUCUCCUACCAUUCCAUGCUGCCUUCCGUCAUUUCUUGCUCACUUCCUUCCUUCCCUCCUUCCUUCCUUCCUUCCUCCCUCCCUCCCUUCCUUCCUUCCAUUCUUCCUUUCUUUCUUUCUUUCUUUCUUUCUUUCUUUCUCCCUCUCUCUCUCUCACUUCCUCCUUCUUUUCUCCUACCAUUCCAUGCUGCCUUCCGUCAUUUCUUGCUCACUUCCUUCCUUCCUUCCUUCCUAUUGUCUCUUCUUUCCUUCCUUUCUUUCCCCCUCUGUCUCUGACUUCCUCUCUUUCUUCGUACGUUCCUCCCUCCCUCCCAUACUUCCUACCUUCAUUCUUGACUUCGUUCCUUCAUCCCUUCCUUCUUUACUUUGCUUCUCUCUUCAUCCGCACUUUACCGACUUUCUCUCGUCAUUCAUUCCUUCCUUUCGACCUUCUGGCUUUCUUUUUUUCCCUUCUUCCCUCUCUUCUCUUUUUCCUUUCCUCUCUGAAUUCCUUCUUUUGUCCCUUCCUUCCUACAUUCUUGUUUUCUUUCUUGCAUUCCUUCAUGAUCCUUUUCUUUCUUCCUUUCCUUCCUUUCUUUCUUACCCUCCUUCAUCGCAUCCUUCUUACUCUCCUCUCUUCAUCCUUUCCUUCCCUCUUCUCUUCAUCUCUUCCUUCCUACUUCCUACCAUCCUUCUUAGCUUCUUACCUUCAUUCCUCCCUUCCUUCAUUCCUUCCUUCAUUCCUUCCUUCCUUCCUUCCUUCAUUCAUUCUUUCCUUCCUUUCUGA